ACUGAUAAGAAACGAUUCCAACUUUUUGGUCAUGAUGGCUGCAAGAGAGUUCUCUGCAAGAACAAUGCUAGUGUUUGUACUACAUUUAUUUCUCCAACCAUGAAGCUUGGAGGUGGUUCUUUCAUAGUUUGGAGAUGUUUCUUCAGCAAGAGUGUCGGUCUUUAA